AUGAACAUAUGGAUAGUAGUACUAUUCCUAGCAACCAGCACCAAUCUUCCAGCAUGGUCUUUAAAACCAUUAACCAUGCUCACCGCCCAUAACACCACCAUGCCUGGCUGCCCGCGCAAGUGUGGCAACUUAACCGUCCCCUACCCAUUUGGUGUUGGCUUGGGGGCUGGUUGUUCCCGGAAAAGAUUCUAUGACAUUUUCUGUGUUGAUUCUUUCGAUCCUCCGAAGGCGUUCUUACCCACUGCUCAAUACAGUACUCCUACAUCUAAUCCGACCAUAGUUGAGGUUGUUGAGAUAUCCGAAACUCAUGUCCGUCUAACCUCACGAGUGGCUUUCCAAUGUUACAAUUCAACGGCUCCCACGACAGAUAUCUUUUCAACAUUGAACUUCGGCCUCUUGGAUAAGUAUGCCCCUUACAUUGUGUCAGGUGCCAGGAACAAGCUAAUCAUGGUGGGCUGCAAUAGUGCAGCAUCUUUCUCUGGGCAAACCAGUGACUUUUACACCUUACCAUUGGACCACCAGCGUGGGAGCAGCAGAUGCGAAACAAGCUGCAGCUCAGACAGAAGCAGCAGGGUUGCAGGUGACUGUGACGGCGUUGGUUGUUGCCAAGCCACUAUUCCUAAUGGUACCAGGUCAUUUACGGUUAUCUUAAAUUCUGUGGGUAACCAUUCAGAAACUUUCUCUUACAACCCAUGCGUGUACGCAUUUAUCGGGGACGCAAAUCAGUUCAAAUUUCGGGGCAGAUCUGAUCUUACCGACUCAGAUUUUGUGUCUAGGACAGUUGUGGAAGUAUCGGUGGUGCUAGAGUGGGUGAUCAGGAAUUCUGAACAUGAUCCCUACCCUUAUGCUUGUCAGCAAAAUACGGCCUAUAUUGAUGCCAGCGACAGUGGAGUGGAUGGUUAUCGUUGCAGAUGCCUUCCGGGCUACCAAGGAAAUCCUUAUCUUUCUCCCGGUUGCUCAGAUAUUAAUGAAUGUGCUGAUCCAAAUGAUACUCCUUGCUCUAUGACAUGCACCAACACUCCAGGAAACUAUACUUGUUCUUGUCCAUCUGGAUAUUCCGGUGAUGGCAGAAAAGAUGGGACUGGUUGCACACGACGGUUUCCUGUUUUACAGGUAGCAUUAGGCGUUGGCUGCGGCGCAUUACUUUUACUCGUUGGUAUAACUUUGAUGAUAUUAUCAAUUCGGAGAAGAAGGGUAAUGAAAAGGAAGGAAAAGUUCUUUCAACAAAAUGGAGGUUUACUUUUGAGCCAUUUAAUUUCCUCUUCAAAAGAAGAUAGUACGGAACAUGUAAAGAUAUUCACUAUUGAAGAGUUAGAGGCAGCAACCAACAACUUCAAUGAACAAAGUAUAGUAGGAAGGGGUGGUUAUGGUACAGUGUUCAAGGGAAAUUUGUCCAACGAUGAAAUUGUAGCAAUUAAGAGAUCAAAAUUUGUGGAGAAGAGUCAGAUUGAACAAUUCAUUAAUGAGUUGGUCAUUCUUGCACGGAUAAAACAUCCUAAUGUGGUCAGAUUAAUAGGAUGUUGUCUUGAGGUUGAAGUUCCGUUAUUGGUUUAUGAAUUUAUCCCCAAUGGGACAUUAUAUGAUCACAUUCAUAACAAAGAUGGACCUUCUUGGUAUUCAUGGAGAAAUUGUUUGCGCAUUGCUAUUGACGCUGCAAGUGCACUAGCUUAUUUACAUUUGAAACCUAUAGUUCAUCGGGAUGUCAAGUCUACAAAUAUCUUACUAGAUGAUAACUAUAUGGCAAAAGUAUCUGAUUUUGGAGCUUCAAGGUUGGUUCCACUGAAUCAUACGCAUCUAACCACAAUGGUGCAAGGUACGUUAGGAUAUCUCGAUCCGCAGUAUUUUAUUUCAAGUCAAUUAACAGAGAAAAGUGAUGUUUAUAGCUUUGGCGUAGUUCUUACUGAACUCUUAACGAGGGAAAAACCACUUCUACCGCCAAUACAAGCCGAAGAUAGGAAUCAAAAUUUGGCUGCAUUUUUUGUGAAUUGCCUGGAGCAAAAUAAUUUGUUCAAUAUCUUGCAUAGUGAACUUCUGGCAGAGGCAUCUAAAGAGCAACUCAUCUCAAUCGCAGAACUUGUGAGAAAGUGCCUUAGUAUCAAGGGUGAAAAUAGACCAACAAUGAAAGAAGUUGUUAUGGAGCUUGAAGAAUUAUGGAGGAACACAACACAAUGCAUGUGA